AUGGAAAGAGGGGCCUUCCACCAUCGUGCACAACCGGGCCUACGGAGGCCAGGAAAUGGAGACACAGCCAAUGAAUCUGAACUGAGGAUUAUACUUUUGGGGACAAACAGACCAGAGAAUAACAGAGUAGGAAACUUCAUCCUGAAAAGAGAUGCAUUUGAGACUGAAUCUCCUCCAGUUUCAGUUGAUUGUCACAGUGUGAGAGUCAGAAGACAGCUGAAAGGAAGACCCAUCACAGUCAUCAACACUCCUGACCUGUUUCAUCCUCAACUCACAUAUGAUCAGCUCUCAGUGGCAGUGAAAGAGUGUGUGUCCCUGUCUGCUCCAGGACCUCAUGUGUUUAUACUGGUGCUGCAGCCUGACAACUUCACAGAGGAGGACAGAGACAGAAUGAAAGUCAUACUGAACUCUUUCAGUGAUCAAGCCAUGGACUACACUAUGGUGGUAACAACAGGCAAAACAGCAAAGAAAUACAGCAAUCCUUUCAGUCAAAUCAUUGAGGAGUGUAGAAGGAGAACGCACAACUUUGGGUCACUUGGCUUUAGUGUGCACAAGAAGGGAUCUAGUCGGCAUUCUCAACUCUUGGAGAAAAUAACAGAGAUUGAGAGAGAUAAUGGAGGGUAUCUUACCUGUGUGGGAUCUGAGAAGACACUGAGAGGCACAGCACUGUGUGAUGACAAGACCACAGCUGUAAGACAGAGGGGAACUGCACUGGGCAAGAGAACAGAUGAUGCAGGAGGAGACAGAGGCACAAAGACAAAUGAGAGAGGGAGGAUGGAUAAGGUGGAAGAAAGAGUGUCUGAGCUCAGGAUUGUGUUAUUGGGGAAGAACAGACAUGAGAAUAACAGAGUGGGAAACUUCAUCUUGCAAAACAAUGUCUUUGAGAGCACAGCUACUGACAAUCAGCUUAUUAAGAAAACUGGAUGGAUAAAGGGAAGACCCAUCAUGGUCAUCAACACUCCUGACCUGUUUCGUCCUAAACUCACGUAUGAUCAGCUCUCAGUGAUAGUGAAAGACUUUAUGUCCCUGUGUGAUCCAGGACCUCAUGUGUUUAUACUGGUGCUGCAGCCUGACAACUUCACAAAAGAGGAUAGAGACAGAAUGGACAUAAUUGUCAAUUCUUUCUCAGAUAAAGUUUAUGAUUACUCCAUUGUUCUUACUGUGGGUAAUCUGGGACAUGGCACAAGUGUGGAUCCAGGGGAGGAGAAAAAUCAUAUAGAGGAGACCAUUUCAAAAUGUGGUGGCAGACACUUUAUGCUCACUGAUGACAGCAGUCCUGUGUCUCUCAUAGAGCAAAUAGAUCAGGUUGUGGAAGAAAAUGGAGGGGUGUAUAUUACAUAUUGUGUUUAUGAGGAUUCACAGCAGACCACAAAAGAGGAAAUGUAUAAACAAACAGAGAGGACACGGGAAUUGACAAAACAUCAACAGUCUGACAAAACUGCACGAGAAACUGAGCCUAAAUAUGACAUUCCAAGACUGAACCUGGUGUUGUGUGGGAGGGAUGGAUCAUUGAAGAUCUCCAUAUCAGAGCUCAUACUGGGCCAGAGAGAGUCCAGUCCAGAGUCCAGCUCAGUGUGUGUGAGGAGGGAGGGAGAAGUGUGUGGACGCCUGCUCACCCUGGUGGAAAUGCCAGCUCUGUACAACACUCAGCUCUCAGAGGAGGAAGUGAUGCGUGAGACUCUCCGCUGUGUCUCUCUCUGUGAUCCUGGAGUCCAUGCUUUCCUCCUGGUCAUUCCUGAGGGCUUCCUCACUGAUGAGGACAAAGGAGAAAUGCAGAAGAUUCAGACAAUAUUCGGCUCAAGAGUCAAUGAUUACACCAUGGUCCUGAUAAAUCAGAAACCUGGACAGGAAGUGACAGAAUUAGAUGAAUCAACUCAGACAAUCAUCAGAUCCUGCAGAGGAGGACAUCAGUUCUUAGGUUCCAGUUCACAGGUGUCAGAGUUACUGAGGAGUGUUGACAAACUGGUGGAACAGAAUGGAGGAAGUCAUUACACAACAGUCAUGUACCUGGAAACACAACUAAAGAAAUACCAGAUGGAAGCAGGAGAGAUGAAGAGAAAAAUCAACAUUCUGGAGGAAAAGAUUAAGAGUCAGACACCAGACACUUUGAGAAUAGUGCUGUUGGGGAAGACUGGUGUUGGGAAGAGUGCCACAGGAAACACCAUCCUGGGAAAAUAUGUUUUUGAAGAACUACUCUGUCCCCACUCUGUUACCACUGAGUGUCAGAGAGAGACAGCUGAAGUCAAUGGAAGACAGAUAACAGUGAUUGACACACCAGGACUGUUUGAUACUAAUUUUCCUAAUGAAGAUAUUAAGAAAGAGGUUGCUAAAUGUAUCACCAUGGCAACACCAGGACCACAUGUGUUUCUACUGGUCAUAAGACUGGGACGCUUCACAGAAGAGGAGAAAAAUGCACUGAAGAUCAUUAAAGUAAUGUUUGGAGGCAAAUCCAGACUGUACACAGUGAUAUUGUUCACUGGAGGAGACAGCUUGAAAAAAACAAGCAUUGAGGAAUUCAUUAAGAAAUCAAGGGAAAUACAAAACACCAUUAAACAGUGUGAUAACAGAUACCACGUAUUUAAUAACAAUGACCCUGAUAACACAACUCAGGUUGUGGAACUCCUGGAUAAGAUAGACACCCUGGUGUCAGUGAAUGGAGGGAGCUUCUACACUAAUGAGAUGCUCCAACAGGCAGAGGAAGCUCUCCAAGAGGAAAAGGAGAGAAUACUGAGAGAGAGAGGGGAGGAGAUAGAGAGAGAGAAAGAAGAACUGAAGGCCAAACAUGAGGCAGAGUUAGAGAGAAUGAGGAAGACUAUUGAUGAGGAAAGGAAGAAACAGGAUGAAGAGAGAAGAAGGAGGGAAAUGGAGUUUAACAAAAAGGAAGAACAAAUAAGAACAGAGAUGCGUGAAAGAGAAGAA